GUGGCGGGAAGUUUUACGGGAGGUACCACUUUGGGGAGUCCGGAAGAGAGAUCCCAGAAACUGAACCUUAUCGAAUCCGAUUCUGGACAAUCGGAACCAAGUUAAACACAUCUGUGUAUUAUGGAAAACUUUCAGAAGGUGGAAAAAAUAGGAGAGGGCACGUAUGGUGUUGUUUACAAAGCUCGGAAUAGGGUAACUGGGGAAGUGGUGGCCCUUAAGAAGAUCCGCCUGGACACUGAGACAGAAGGUGUUCCAAGCACAGCCAUCAGGGAAAUCUCGCUUCUGAAAGAACUGAACCACCCCAACAUUGUCAAGCUUCUUGAUGUCAUCCAUACAGAGAACAAAUUGUACCUUGUUUUUGAGUUUCUCAAUCAGGAUCUGAAGAAGUUUAUGGAUGGUUCUAACAUCACUGGUAUCCCUCUGGCUCUUGUUAAAAGUUACUUGUUUCAGCUAUUGCAAGGCUUAGCGUUCUGCCACUCUCACCGGGUAUUGCACCGUGAUCUUAAACCCCAAAACUUGCUCAUUAACUCAGAUGGUGCUAUUAAACUUGCUGACUUUGGACUUGCACGAGCGUUUGGGGUGCCUGUAAGAACAUACACCCAUGAGGUUGUCACUCUGUGGUACCGAGCUCCAGAAAUUCUUCUUGGCUGCAAGUAUUAUUCAACUGCUGUGGAUAUUUGGAGCCUAGGGUGCAUCUUUGCUGAAAUGAUCACAAGGAGAGCUCUGUUUCCAGGGGACUCUGAAAUUGAUCAGCUAUUUCGAAUCUUCAGAACACUGGGGACUCCAGAUGAGAUAUCAUGGCCUGGUGUGACUUCUAUGCCGGAUUACAAAUCUACUUUUCCUAGGUGGGCACGGCAAGACUUCAGCAAGGUGGUGCCUCCACUGGAUGAAGAUGGUAGAGAUCUUUUGGCUCAAAUGCUUCAAUAUGAUUCAAACAAACGUAUUUCUGCUAAGGCAGCCCUGACACAUGCAUUUUUCCGUGAUGUGAGCAGACCAACACCGCACCUUCAUUAGAGGUUGAAUAUUAAAAAUGUAUUGCACACAGAUGUUAUGGUCGCUAAAAAAAAAAAAAAGUUUUUUGCAAACAUGCACUCUUGUAUGCCCGAUAAUUUAUUGAGCAGUAUGAAAGGACAUCCUCAGUGAUAAAAAAACAAACAAAAAAAAACCUGUACUAAAGAUGAAGCAGCUAUGGUGUAUUACGGAGUGGAAGAAUUUCAAGUUCAUGAAUGUUCAAAUAGUGCAGGAAAAAACUAUAUCAAGGUUUUCUGCUACAAUGAAGACUGCUUGGCCAUGUUUUCCUGCCUAGCAAAAAAAAUUCCUGGAAACUAGAAAUCUUUAUCAUCUAUACAAUGGGCUCGCAACUGGUCUAUUCAGGACUCACCUUCUAGGGUUACUGUUUAUUGGUUACAUUGAACCAUGUUUGGACUUAUUUAACUUACCAAUUUUGUUUGUAUUUGUUCAUAUUUUCUAGUGGUUUCCAACUCCUUUAUAAGAUUUCCAUGUUUCCUGAAUAGUGCAGAGACUGUUGGUUUAUUUAAUUUUUAAGCGAGGUACUGGCAUCACAGGUUAACCUCACGGUGAAGCUCAUUAAAGCAUUUUGACUUAACAGUUUGUUUCUAACCUACAGUCAAGUGGAACCUUGAUCUUUGAGAUCCCUGUCAAUACAAUGCAUAUAAAUAACUAUUGGGAUCAGAUUCCUGCUUACCUCUGAAAAAGUAAUCUAUUUAACUUUUAGCUGCCAUUUAAUACAUUGUAUAUAUUUUAAGGACUAGUUAUGAAGUUUGCACCUUUUUAUUGUUUUACCUUUUCUUACUAUAUCUUGAAUUUUAUUCUGUAGUUUUACAUGUAUAUUCUUAAUUAAAAUAUGUAUUAUUUA